AUGGUUCAACAGGCUUCUUUGGACUUCAACUCAAAGAUUUUUGGAAAUAUUUUUGUGCGAAAAAAUAAGGUGGAAUAUCAGAUUGAUCAGAUUCAACGGCGUUUGGAGGUUACCGAUGUGUUAUCUCUGAGAAUUAAAGAAGCUGAACUGAGGGAAGAUUACAAUAGGCUUUUAUUGCAAGAGGAACUUUUUUGGUACCAGAAAUCUAGAGAGCAAUGGGUCAAGUAUGGGGAUAGAAACACUAAAUUCUUUCAUCUUCAGACUUUGGUGCGUAGAAACCAUAAUAGAGUACAUGGAUUAUAUGUUAGAGAUGGGUCUUGGUCUACUGAUCCAGAUAUUCUCCAGGAAGAAGCCCUCUCUUUUUACAAGAAUCUCUUUGGUACAACGGAAGAGGUUGAGGUUGAUUGUUUAGGGGAUGUUCCGAUGCCCACUCUAAGCACUGAGGCUUGUGCUAGGUUAAUUGACCCUGUCUCUUUUGCGGAAGUCAAGUCAGCAGUAUUCAGUAUGAGCCCUUUUAAGGCUCCUGGUCCAGAUGGCUUUCAAGCUUAUUUUUUUAAAGAAUAUUGGGAGAUAGUAGGCACUGAGAUUUGGAAUAUUGUCCGGAGCGCUUUUUUGGGAGAGUUCUUAAAUCCUAGCAUCAUGGAAACUCUGAUUGUGCUUAUUCCUAAAAUUGAUAAUCCUACCUUUAUGAAGGAUUUCAGGCCUAUUAGCUUGUCUUAUGAUAGGGUGGAUUGGAGGUUUUUGGAGAGUACUCUCAUUGCUUUUGGUUUUCCUAUCAUCACUGUUAAUUUGAUUAUGACUUGUGUCCGUGCAUCCUCUCUUUCUAUUAUGUGGAAUGGGAAUAGAUUGGAUAGUUUUGCUCCUAGAAGGGGGCUUAGACAGGGCGAUCCAAUGUCUCCUUACUUAUUUGUGCUUUGUAUGGAAAGACUUGCCUGCUAUAUAUCUCAUAAGGUGGUCGAGGGUGUGUGGAAACCAGUUUCUGUCACUAGGGGUGGCCCAAAAUUUUCUCAUUUGAUGUUUGCAGAUGAUCUCUUACUCUUCUGCCAGGCUACAAAAAGUCAGGUCCAAAUGGUCAUGCAUUCUCUUAAUAUUUUUUGCAAGGCAUCUGGCAUGAAAGUGAAUCUUGAAAAGUCUAAAGCUUUUUGUUCUAAAAAUGUGACUGCUCGUAGAAGAGAUAUUUUUACUAGUGUUUCUUCAAUACGUUUUGCUUUGGACUUAGGAAGAUAUCUUGGAGUUAACCUUAAUCAUUCCCGUACCAGUAGGGCUUCUUUUCAUUCGGUGAUUGAAAAGGUGAGGGGAAGAUUAGCUAAUUGGAAAGGAAGGCUUCUAAAUAAAGCAGGGAGACUUUGCCUGAUCAAUUCUGUUGCAGCAUCCAUUCCUGUCUAUCAUAUGCAGAGUAUCUCAAAGGCUUUUGGUGCUCUUAAGGAUGCCUUCUCUUGGUGCGUUGGGUCACUUGAUCAAUCUUUUUGGUUUGACAAUUGGAGUAUUGAGGGCCCAAUUGCUCAAGAUGUCCCUUUUGUACAUAUAUCUGACUCUGAUUUAACUAUUAGAGACGUUUGGAAAGAUGGUCAAUGGAAUCUCCAUGAUAUUUUCUCUAUCAUUCCAGAAGAUGUCAAACAGCGUUUGAAUGCUUAUAAUCCGGAUUUGAAUGCUGGAGAGAGUUCGGGUUGGUCGUGGGGUGUGGCAUCUUCUAGACUCUACUCAGCUAGGAGUGGGUACAGUUGGCUAGCCAAAAGAAAGUUUGACUGGAAUGAGCAUGAUAAUUGGUUGUGGGUAUGGCGUCUGCAUAUUCCUGAGAAGUAUAAGUUCUUGAUUUGGCUCAGUCUCCAUAAUGCUAUUCCUACAGCAGAGUUUCGUUUGGGUCGUGGUUUAGCUUUAUCUAGCACCUGUCAUCGGUGUCAGAAUGGUUCUGAAUCCAUUCUUCAUUGUCUUCGGGAGUGCCCUAGUGCCAAGGAGGUCUGGACCCUUUUAGGCUUGUAUUCAGAUAACUCGAAUUUACAUGAUUGGCUCUACAGAGGUGCAAGGAGUGGAGAUGCUUUUCUUUUCUUUUCGACUAUCUGGUGGAUUUGGAGAAGCAGGAAUCAUGACUUAUUUAAUAUAGAUGAUUCAUGGAGUGCUAGUAAAGUGGUGAGUUUGAUUCGUAGUUCAGUAAGGGAGUUUCACACUAUUUUUGCUAUGCAUCAAUCUCUGUCUCCUCUUUCACUUUGUUUGCAUUGGGUUCCACCUCCAGUUCAUUCUGUUAAAUUGAAUUGUGAUGUUAGUUGGUUUGCUCCUUCUGGCUAUGCUGGUUUUGGUUGUAUUAUUCGCAAUCCUGAUGGAUGUUGGUUGAAAGGUUGCACUGGAAAAGUCGAAGUGUGCAGUGUUCUUUUUGCUGAAUUGUAUGCAAUUUGGAGAGGUUUACUUCUUGCUUGGGAGAGUGGAUUUCGUGAGGUUAUUUGUGAAACAGACUGUUUAGAAGCUCUUUUCUUGGUAAAUCAAAGAAUGCUUAGUAAGGAUAUUCCGGAAUGGGAUUUGGCAAAGCAUAUUCAGGAGGUUAUGAAUUGGAAUUGGAGAGUCUCUAUUCUUUUAAUUCAGAGGACUGCAAAUAGUGUUGCAGAUUGUAUGGCUAAAGCAGCUGCUUCUGUCGCGGACAUUCACUCGAAUUGGAGCCAACCAUGGAGUGAGCUUCAACAUCUAAUAGAUUUAGAUAUGACCCUAGCCAAUUAA